AUGUCUGACACUCAGCCGCCACAAGGCUCCGGAUCGCAAGGACCAAAGCGUGGUGGUCGUCGCGGACGAGGACGGGGAGCAGGCCAACCUUCGGCAAGAAUUGAGAACUCGCAGCAGUCGACUGAAGGCAGCGGAAAAGGCUCAAGAUCUAGGGGUAGUGGGCCCCGCAGAGGAGGAGGGGGUCGCGAUAAGCAGAACCGCAGCGCCCCUAAUAAGGAUUCCGGGCCGGAGCCCAGUGGACAAUCGACUCAAGGGCCGACUACAGUGGCAGAAGACAAGGGUAAGAAGGCAGCUGCGGCGCCCGCAGACGACGCCGAUGAUGGAGAGAUUUGCUUCAUCUGUGCGUCAAAUGUCGAACAUACAUCUGUUGCGCCGUGUAAUCAUCGCACUUGCCAUAUCUGCGCGUUGAGACUCCGAGCAUUGUAUAAGAACAAAGCCUGUGCGCAUUGUCGGACUGAAUCGAGCUACGUGAUUUUCACGAAUGACCAUGUGAAGCCUUUCCAGGAUUUCAAAGACUCGGACUUUUCGCAGAAAGAUGAUAACCUUGGGAUCAAAUAUGAAAAUAACGAGAUCUUUGAGGACACAGUCCUCUUGCUCCGAUACAAUUGCCCGGACACAGAUUGCGACGUGGCUUGCUUGGGAUGGCCAGACCUGCAUCGCCACGUUAAGAGCAAGCAUGGUAAAGUAAUGUGCGAUCUGUGUACGCGAAACAAGAAAGUCUUCACCCAUGAACACGAACUCUUCACUGUGGCGGAGUUGCGCAAGCACGAGAAGUACGGAGAUCAUGUUCCUGGAGCCGUUGAACAGAGUGGCUUUAAGGGUCACCCUGAAUGUGGUUUCUGCCGUCAACGGUUUUAUGGCGACGAUGAACUGUACGCUCACUGUCGCGAUCGCCAUGAAAGGUGUCAUAUUUGUGAUAGACGGUCCGGGAGUCGUCAACAGCAGUAUUAUAUUGACUAUAAUGCGCUCGAGGAUCACUUCCAGAAGGACCAUUUCCUGUGCCUGGACAAGGAGUGUUUGGAGAAAAAGUUUGUUGUGUUCGAAUCUGAAAUGGACAUGAAAGCUCACCAAUUGGAAUGUCAUCCAAAUGGUCUUUCCAAGGAUGCGAGACGCGACGCACGAACUGUGGAUCUGUCAUCUUUCGACUACAGAACGCCGUAUCAACCUCAGAGACAACGUCGUGGCGCUGGUCGUGGGCGUGACCCAAAUUCAGAGCCUCUUCCUGUGUCCUCCGCACAAUCAUUAACAAGAGCCCAAAUUGCUUACCAAAGACAAAUGGCCAUUCAAAGUGCGCAGUCAGUAUCAACUCGCAGCUUCGGAGGUCAACUAACCCGUAAUGAUACUCAAACUGUGCACGCUCCCCCGCGUACACCAGCCUCUCGAACACCCCCAGUUGCGUCCACCCCUGUGCCGGAACUGCAGAAUCUCAGUCUCGGUCAUGAUUCCGGAUCUGCUACGCCUGAGGAACAGGCCCGCCGUCUGCGUCAUGCAGCCGUGAUCGAACGUGCCGCCAAUCUUCUUGGUAAUGACCAGAAUAAACUGAAUGAAUUCCGCUCCAAAGUAUCCACCUACCGCACCUCUGCCCUAACAGCCACCGAGCUGAUUGACGCCUUUUUCUCCCUCUUUGACACCUCCACCAACGAGCUAGGCAAACUCGUCAAGGAGCUUGCAGAGAUCUACGAAAACGACUCCAAACGCACCGCACUACUCAAGGCCUGGAAUGACUGGCGGGCCAUCAAUGAAGAUUACCCAGCCCUUCCAGGCCCCGGUGGCGUCCUACCAGGCAUGUCCCCAAGCACCGUGAACGGCAGCGGUGCCGGAGGCAAACGUGUCCUCCGACUAAAAUCCUCAACCGCCCAGUCCUCCCGCUCAGCCGUCGGCAGGAGCGGUGCCCUCCCCUCAGGCUCAUCCUCAAGCAACCCCUUCCCUCCUCUCUCCUCGACAGUCUCCAAAAAGUCCACCGCCGCAACCAACAACAACACCCCCUGGGCCACGGCAUCCCCUGCCCCAUCCUACGCCGGCCCAUCCUCUCGUCCUGCCCCCAAACCUAGUAAUACCCCUCGCCCUGUAAACACCCGCAACGCCGAAGCUUUCCCGGCGCUCCCUGCUGCCCCUAAACCAAAUGUCCUCAUGGCCGGCCUCACCCGCGGAACGGUCCGUGUCCGCUGGGAUGGACGAGAUGCUCCGAACUCAAAUGCCUGGACCUCAGGCGGAUCAGGCACCAGUACCCCCGGCGAACCAGAAUCCGAUUUCGGGGAGUCUUCUGCUGGCGGCGGUAAGAAGGGCAAGGGGAAGAAGGGAAAACAGACUCUUUUCCAUUUUGGUUAA